CCAAAACCGAACUCUUCACUAGGAAGACUAAAGAGAGCUCUAAAAGUCUUUCCUAUUAAUUUUUUUUUUUCCUUUUUGGGUUUGUCUCGUCCGUACACAUAGCCAUGUCUCUACCAUGGAAAAAAUCAGGACGAAUAUCGAGAUUCAUGUCGGAAUUUCAGCAAUCUCCGAAACGCGGCGGGUCUUUGGUCGUCGAAACUGGCUUCCCGACUUCUCUAAUUGAUCUCUUCGUCAAAAAUCGCGAUCGUCUUAAGAAAUCCUCCUCUAAUAAUAAACGCCUCAAACGCCAGACCCAAACCGCCCCAAACGCUUCGUUGCCGAUUAAUCCUGACGCGAUUCUGGAAAAGCCCGUUGCGAGGAAAACCGUUCGGAGUAAGACCGAUGAAGUUAAUUUCAUCGGCGGUGGAUUAACGGCGGAGAAAAACGGUUGCGUUUGUGGUGGCAGCGCGUUUGUUUUGAUCGCGUUUAAAGUUUUCAUAGUGGCGGCGUUCGCGUUUAGCACGAAGAAGAAGCUCACUAUAGGAAUCACUCUCUCCGCCUUGGCGCUUCUCUUAACAGAGCUCGUGGUGGCGCGUGUUCUCACGCGCUUCACGCACUGUGACACCGACGCGCGGAAAGGAAAGCCAGCUGUCUCAAUCAACGACGAAAACGCGAUUUCCUGCGGAAAAAUCGCAGCUUUGGAUGUUUCGAGUGAUCACUGCGGAGAAGAAACUCAAGUUCCCAAAUCGCAUAAAACAGAGCCUGUGGCUGAAUCGAAAGAUUUAAAGAUUCGUGAUCUGUUGAUGAAGGAUCAUGAGAAGUCGAAAAGUAAAAGUUCGAGACUGAAAUCGAAGAUUGUGAAGAAGUUGAGGAGUUACAGGAAGAAGAAGAAAACGGUUGUGAUCAAAGAAGAGACUUUGAGUGAAGUCUCAAGCUUUGUUGUUUCAGAGGAUAAAACAGAGAUAACCGAGCCAGCUGAAAGAGACGAAGAAGGGUUAAAUCCGCCAUUGAUAGAAUCGAAAGGAGAUAACACGAAUGGGAUUGUUCUGAUCGUGAUUGUGCUUACUGGUCUGUUAAGUGGAAAGAUCUUAGCUAUUGGUCUGACAUUAUCCAGUCUGUUUCUCAGAUUCGGAGCAGCCAAAAACUCUGGUCUUUGCAUAUAAUUUUUUUUUUUUUUUUAUGUUCGUAUAAAACUUAGGAGAAUAGGUCUUACUUAUGUUGUAGAGAUUACCAUCAGAUUGUUAAUUUGGGUUUACGUUUAAAUUUGGAAUAAUAUUUUUUC